AUGUCCUUAGAGAGAACGAUCUCAGCCAAGAGUCAAAAUCUCGAUUCUUCAAGCAAGAAAGAUAUCCCCGAAUAUCAUAUUACAUCCGUUGAAUCGAAUUCUUCAACUGAAAGCGAUCUAUUGGUCAAAAAUCCCUUCUUAGAUCCUAAAGUAGAAGAAUAUUAUCGUGAAUUAUACUCAUCUUCAAAAUAUGAAUGUUAUAAAGCAUUUGAUCCACAAUUUGAAUGGACAGAAGAAGAAGAAAAGAAAAUUCUCAAAAAAUUGGACAUUAGAGUUGCUCUAGCUGCAUGUGUUAUGUUUAUUGGAUUACAAGUUGAUAGAGGGAAUUUAGCCCAAGCUGUCACUGAUAAUUUAUUGGAUGAUUUAGGUAUGACUACAAAUCAUUAUAAUACUGGGAAUACGAUAUUUUAUGUAUCCUUUUUAUUAGCUGAGAUUCCUUCUCAAUUAAUUUCAAAGGCACUUGGUCCGGAUAUUUUCAUUCCAAUCCAAAUAUGUUUGUGGAGCGUGGUUGCUACUUGUCAAGCUGCUUUAAAUGGUCCUGUAUCUUUCUAUAUAACUCGUUGUUUGAUUGGAACUUUAGAAGGUGGAUUUAUUGCUGACUUGGUUUUAUGGUUGAGUUAUUUCUUCAAGAGUAAGGAAUUACCAAUUAGAUUAUCCUGGUUCUGGACGACAUUAUCCUGUGUCCAGAUUGGUACUUCAUUACUUGCAUUUGGUAUAUUGAGAAUGAGAGGUGUUGGAGGAUUGGAAGGUUGGAGAUGGUUAUUUCUUAUUGAAGGACUUUUCACAUUAGCCAUUGGUAUUUCCGCCUUUUAUAUGAUGGUACCUUCUGCUGUUCAGACAAAAAAUUGGAUGCAUCCAAAAGGCUGGUUUACUGAAAGAGAAGAAAAGAUUGUUGUUAACAGAAUUUUAAGAGAUGAUCCAAAUAAAGGUUCGAUGCAUAAUCGUCAAGGUCUUACUCCAAAGAUGUUAUUGAAAAGUUUAAUGGAUUAUCAUCUUUGGCCAAUCUUUAUUAUUGGUCUUACUGCAUUGAUUGGAUUAGGUACCUUCACUUCAUAUUUCGGUCUUUUGAAUAGACAAUUGGGAUUUUCAGUAUUUGAAACCAAUCUUUUAACUAUACCUCAAGCUGUGCUUCAUAUUAUUCUCUUAUUAUGGAUCACUUGGUUUUCAGAACGGAUUAAUGAGAGAGCAUUAGUAUGUCUUAUUGCUCCUAUUUGGGCUACACCAUUAAUGGCCAUGAUUAGAUGGUGGCCAGGAUCAGGAGUAAAAGUCUGGCCCUCCUAUGUGUUGAAUUCAUUGUAUUUAGGACAACCGUACAUUCAUGCAAUUUGUGUUUCUUGGGUAUCGAGAAAUUCCAAUUCAGUUAGAGCAAGAUCAAUCAGUUCAGCGUUGUAUAAUAUGUUUGCUCAAUUAGGUAGUAUAAUUGCUCAGAAUAUCUAUAGGGCGGAUGAUUUACCAUUAUAUCGUCGUGGUAAUAUGCAAUUGUUCUUUAUCACAGUUGCUUUGAUUCCUAUUUUGUUGUUGACUAAAUUCUACUAUGUCAGUCAGAAUAGGAAAAGAGAUAAAGUAUGGAAUGCUAUGACUGAAGAAGAAAAGGAUUACUAUAGAAAGAAUACCACUGAUGAUGGAUCUGCAAGAUUAGAUUUUAGAUUUGAUCACUAG